UUUUCCAAAAUACUUGAAUUCGCAGCAGAAAAUAUUUUUUGACAUUUGGUUGGUUUUUGUGUAAAAACAAAAGUGUCAGAAAAGUAAACAAAGUUAAAGGAGGCCAAAACAAAACUAUUGUUUAAAAUCGAACUAAACACAACAUAAUGGCUAUAAAAUACACUAGAAUAAUGUUAUUAAUUUAGAUGGAUUGUGGUUGUUCAUUUUGACAUUGGAAUCCUUUCAAUGGUUAAUGUAUUGUACCUAUAUAUUCUAAAAUAGCGGUAACAUUGUAAUUAUAGAAGUCUGAUAAAUAAAAACAAUUGAAUUGAAAUGUCUGCAAUUGUAAUAGCUGUAGCAACGGAAAGUGGCGUUCCAAUAUUUACUAGAAAGCGCGGCAACAAUGAAAAUAUACAAUUUUCGACAAUUGCUUCACUCCACGGCAUAAACAUGUUCAGUAAAUGCCACAACUUAUCUGUAAUUAAUUCACAAGUUGAAAAUGGUAGUAUACUUUGGAAGGAAUAUUAUAAAAGUGUGACACUCAUAGGUAUAGUAACAGGAGGACUGGAAUGUGACCUAGAACUCCUACUUGCUUGUAUACAUGAUGUUAUGGUAUUCUGUGUUGGAAAAAAAGAAUUGGAAAAUCUAAAGAACAUUGAUCAAUUAAAAAGGGAUCUAAGACAAUGUUAUCCAAUAUUAGAUUAUUUGUUAGAAUCAUUAGACCCCAAUUCUGUGCCAUCUAUGACUUUAGUGUUAGACCUUACACAGAGCAUUUUGUGUCCACAACCACAGCACCUACAGCAAGUUUUAGACAACUAUGCAGAACGAGUUACUGGUAGAUGGGCUUGUCUCAGUAUACAUGGGCAUUUAGUAGCAACAAGCUCUGAUUUCUAUGAAUUAGACCCGAGGGAAUCAAGAUUGCUGCUCCUAUUGGCUGCAGCUCAAGACGGGGCACCACUGCGAGACACAUUGAUAUACUUACCAUAUAUGAGUCCUGAAGUAGCAUUUAGAGCAGUAACAUGCAAAUUGUUAGCUGACGUAUAUGUGCUUGUGGUCUGUGGUGCGACUCCUGCAUUGUCCCAAAUAGAUGAGAUUGUGCUACAGUGCUGGGAAGGGUAUGCACAGAUUAUAAAGGAAGCUAAGCUUGUUCAUCCACGAAACUUUCCAGCCAGUAUUACUUUCGAACCAUGUGUUUUAGGCAUUUUUCUAAUUAACAUAAAUCGAAGAAGGUGUGUAUUUUCCCGGCAUCUACAAUUAUCAAAUCAAAAAGGUCGUGGAAUGUCAGGGUCUCAUCGCAUAGAUAUUUUGCGAACAUUCUACGUUACUUCAGCGAGGGACUUGGCACCGGAGUUGAACUUUAGAGAAAUUUUAGAUAAAGACAGCGACGAAUCUGUGGGAAAGAUAACCGAAACAUAUUGGAGUUCAGAGUACCACAAAUGCCAUGCUCAAAGAUCGGCUAAUCUUUUAUGUUGUGUACUUUACGCUCCCACGAUACCAACGCACACUAUGAGAUUAUUAACCAGUCAAAUGUUACAAGAAUUUCUUACGAACAAAGAUAUACAUUGGUAAGAAAAUCUAAUUACCCGAUUAAACAAUAAAAUGUUUGCUAUAUUUUAAUUUGUUAAUGUUGAUAAGAAUAAAAUGCUUCUGCAAGUUGUAUUGCAUAAUCCGUCCAUUAUAAAUCAUAU